UAAAGAAAGAGGGAGAAAAAUCUUAUUCUGAGAUUUGAACAUUUUAUGGAAAACAGUAAGUGAAGUAACUUGAAUACGGUUUGGCCUCAGUCGCUUCUUGCCAACUCUUCCCGUCGACGAUCAUCUUCCAUCCUUUUAUCAUCAUAUCAUCAUCAUCAUCUUUUAUCAUCUUACACUAAUCUUCAUUCAUCUCAUCAUAAUCCGAUUGACAAGGUUAACCCUUUUAUCCUCAGCUGAUUAUGUUUUUCAUAUCCUUUCAUUUUUAUUAUUUACUUUUCCCUUUGUUUUCUGUGUAAUCAUAGACAAUUAAAUUCUGUAAUUUAGUGACAAUUCUGAUUUAGUGUCAUCUCAUUGAUUAGUGAUUAAUUUUGUGGACACAAAUCCUCACCUUUCUCUCAACGGAUUAAUCUAUUUUACCUCUAACAUACUCCAAAGAUUAACAAUUGACCAACUAAAACUAAAAUCUAAACUUGUGUAUCGUUACUGAUAAUGAUUAGUUCAAUUGGAGAUCCAAAUUUGGAUUCAAUUUCUUGGAUUUUUACAACUUAUUUGCUAAUAAGAUGAUCUAACGGAUUAUGUUAAUCCAGUUAAUACCUGUUACAAAUUAAUCCUAAGGAUAAGAGAGAGUGAGAGUGAGAGAGUGGGAGAAAUGAUUAAUCUAUUAAUUAGUUACCUUUUGUGUGCCAUUAGACUUAAUCAAAAAAUCGGUAAACGAUUUUUUGGAAUCAAUGAUAAAAUUGGAUUAACUAUUUUCCUUUACCUUCAAUGGAUCUUAUUAAGUGCCUUAAGUAUAACAACAAUUUCAUCUGAGAUCGUCACUGAUUAUCCACAAUUUACAUCAAAUUUAAGCCCUCAAUCAUCAUCAUCAUCAUCAUCAGAAUCAUCAUCAUCAACAACAACACCGACAACAACAUCAACAGCCACAAAAUCAACAGUAGCAAACUCACUUGCUCGUAGACCUUUAAAUGACCCUCGUUUAAUUGUCUAUCCUGGAGAUUUAAAUAUCGCCCUAUUGGUUAAUUCCCAUCAAUCACUUUCUUCUGGUCAGUGUAGUGACCAAGUUAAUCUAUCUGCUGUUAGAUCAGCAAUGGCAGCGAUUUGGGCGAUUCAUCAGAUUAACGUUAAUCAACAAAAUGGAAGCCAAUUAAAGUUAGGAUUAUACCUUUACGAUACCUGUUCAGAUGAAUUUGUUUCCGAAAGACAAUCAGUCAGAAUAUUGUCACAUUUAGAUGAUAUUCAAUCAAAAACAUGUCUUAAGGAUAGAGAAUCACCUUUAAUAGGUGUUAUAUCAUCAGGACAAUUAUUCCGAUCAACGUUGAACUUGUUCACCAGUUUCCAAGUUUCAGUUAUCACAACAGAGGAAAGAGAUCCCAUGGAAAUACCUGGAACCACUUUGUUCACUGUGGCCUCAUCACUGAAAUACUUAUCGAAGGCCGUUAUGGGCUUACUGAAUAAGCUGAAUUGGUCUCAAGCGACUUUGGUUGUUUCGGAUGAGGUUCCGCUCUAUUAUACCAAAGUAUUGGAAGAAAUCGCUUCCAAGGUUAGAUUUAAUGUUCAAAAUUCACCGAUCGAAUCGACUAUCGAUUAUCCUAACGAAGAAAAUAAGAAACAAGAUUCGAAUAAUAAUAAUAAGGCAAAUGUUAAGAAUACGAUUCUAUUCUUGAGUCCAGAAGAAACAUUGAAACUUUUCUCUAGUCUACAAACUGUUGUUCCUCCCGAAUCCGAAGAUUUCGAUUGGAUUGUGGUCACAAGUCAAGAUAUUUCGAGUCAAAUCACAAAGUUGUACAGUCCAAAAGGAUCGUCAGGUUGUCACACUAAACCCGUUUACCUGAUUUUACCUCAACAUGAAGCAACACCAGAAUUACAUGGCUUUCUAUCAGCUGAAUUAUCUUCAAUGGGAGAUUCAAUUGAUCCACUAUUUCGUGAGCUCCUUGAGUCUGCAUCAUUUUCUCAAGCAUCCAAUGAUUCAUCUUCAUCUUCAUCAUCUCAUAAUCUUUUCUCAUCGAUAAUUAAAUCCGUUUGGUCCUAUGGAUUAGCAUUGAAAUCCUAUGAAAGGAAACAUUGUUUACCAAAAGGCUCUUCAUAUGAUUGCUCACCUACCCAAGGAACAUCAUUAGUUAAUUUAAUACAAUCUGAAUUGACUUCUCUUGAUGGUAAAAUUAACGAGUCUGGAUUCGCAUCACUUGAUGGUUUCAAGUUAAAAUUUGAUGAAGAACAUUAUUUACAAAGUAAUCGUUAUGGAUUAAAAGCAAUCACUUCUAAUUGUCAGGUAAUGGACAUGGGAUAUUUUGAAGAUGGUGUUUUGUUCAAUCGAGAGCCGAGACAACAACAAACCGACCAAUCAGCUGAUAAUGUUCCUAGACCAGCGGCGGGAGGACAAUUCAUCUCAGUUUCUCGAGAUGAGGACUUUUUCGAGCCAGAAUCUCCAGCUAGUUCACCAAAUUCUGGUGCCAAUCAUUUACCAGCAUCAUUGAUUGCUGAGGUAUCGAAACUUAAUAAAGGAGUUGUUGGUAAUAAUAAUAAUUCAUCAUCAAGUGGACAAUUACCAGGAUCAUCUUAUGGACGGCCUUACAUUAAACCUCUGCCCUCUGAUUAUGUAAUGAGAUUGAGACCAAUGGCCUCAGGGGUUGAAACAAAAUCAUCUUCAGGUGAUAAAAUAUCAUCACCUCAUCAUCAUCGUUCAAUAGAACCGGGUAAUAGUAAACAAAUGAUUGAAAGAAAUACAAUUAUCCGAACUAAUCGUUUAUCAAGCGCCAAUGAUGAGAUUGUACGAAAACGAUACAGUUCAUUUUAUUCCUGGUUAGGACAUUCAUGGACGGUGACAAUUAUCUCUCUCACCAUAAUUGGAAUCCUAAUUUCUUUAUACACAUUCACUUAUAUCCUCAUGAAAUCAUGCGAAGGAGCCUUCAAGAAAUCCAACCAAGAUCUGGCCACUUUUCACAUUCUAUCAAUAAUAAUUGUUUAUUUCGGUGCAAUGUUGUAUGUCUUUCCACCAACGAUUUUAAUGUGCUCUCUAAGGACAAGUAUUCACAGUAUAUCAUGUACCAUGUUAUUUGGAAGUCUACUUCAACGGGGAAUGUACCUGAGAGCCCAAAAGUGGAUUGGACUCGGCGGGAAAAUAUCGAAGCUCAAUCAAUGUUUAACUUUAUUGUUUAUUAUCGGAAUCCAAUUAGCAUUGGAGUUACAACGCUGGGGGUAUGAAUCUCCUUGGUCUAAUGAUGCUCUUUACCGUUUACCUAAGGAGUGUUCACCCUCCUCCCAGGAGUAUAUUUUAUCACAAUCAUAUUUAAUUCUCAUCAGUACAUUAUUGACCUUAGUCUCUUGGUCAGCUCGAAAUCAACCUUUCGCCUUUAAGGAUGGUAAACAUAUUUUCAUCACAAGUACAAUAAUAUUUCCUGUUUAUAUUUUUUCAGUCAUUUUAAUUGAUAAUUUAACUGAGACCAGUGAAUCGGCCUUUGGCCUGCCAUCUUCAAUACUAUCGGAUGGUUUAUCAACGGAUACUUCUGGUCAUCCUCAUUCUCACCAUCAUUCACAAUCAAUUUCCACCUCAUCAUCUGUAUUACCUUCAUUAGCAUCAACAAAUUCCAGAUUACCUGGAAAUCGUAUUAACCUUGAAAACUAUGCCAUUUAUCGUGAUAUAGUUACAUCUUUCUCGAUGAUCUUAAUGGCCUCCGCCUCUUUGUUUGGUAUAUUUGGGCCAAUCAUUUAUACUAUUCAAAAAUACGGUAUUUUACCACCGAAAAAUGGUUCGUAUGCUGAAUCAUUAUCAACCGCUUUUACCCUUUUCCGUGGGCUUGAAGGUGGUGGAGGCGGUGGCGGUGUUGUUACCAGUGGAGGUCGAGGCUCUGAUCAUCGAGAAAAUAGUCUAUUAGAUCACUUAUCGAACAUCGAUAGCUCAAGUAACACCACUGAUGGAUCACUAAGCCGUAGUGGAAAAAAUAAACUUACCAAAAGAUCGGACAUUUUCCCUUAUAUAAUUGGACCGACGGCUAAUUUUAAGUUUGGCCUGAAACCGGGAAUGCGUGAAAGAACCAGUUGUCCAUUUAAUCACUGUCAUAAUCAUCUUAAUUGUAAUUUUGGCGAAUGCUCUCAUCUGGAAAAAGGGUUAAUUAAAAAUCCUCUUUACGAUGAUCAAGGUUUUCGAUCAGCUUAUCCAUAGAAUCCCGCAAAUUGGAUCUAACUGAUUGGUCGUUAUGUUCAUUUUCCGUCUCGAUUGUCUCUCAGUGGACAUUUCUUGUUACUCUUUCAUUGAUUUGCAACAUCAUUUUUUAUUAAUCAGCACCUUUUCUAAUAAAAAUUCCCAUAAACACUCAUGUUAAUUAAUACUUAUGAUGAAAAACAUUAAUUUUCAAUCAAUUAUAAUUUUGUUGUUCCAAGGGAUAGAAUUGCGAUCCAUCAAUCGAUAAAGUAAAGUUCAAAAAAUAAAAAAUCGAAAAAA